AUGAUUUUCAGAUCACAAAUUCGGAAGCGAGUUAUGGAUCUAGAUCUUCGUCGAUCGAUCACUAUUCCACGUCUGGAGUUAUCAGCCAUCGCCGCAGGUGCCAACCUACUUUCGUUCCUUACAGAACAACUCGAUAUCCAGCUUCGUCGAAAAUAUCUUUGGUCUGACAGUGCCGUUGCACUAGCGUGGACUAUGUCUAACAAAACCCUACCAGUAUUCGUUCGCAACCGUGUUCGUAAAAUUCGCGAACUCACGACCGACGUCACAAUCCGCUACGUUCCAUCAGCGGAAAACCCAGCGGAUAUCGGCUGCCGCGGUACAUCUGUCUCAGAACCACAAAACUUGGCUCACUGGUGGAACGGACCUACAUUUUUAACAGAGGAUGAAACAACUUGCCCUCAAAAUUCAGAUCAAGAAACCAGUUGA